AUGGAUGAGGGUCAGGUCGUGGACACGCGGCACCGGGAGCUGCAGACCCUCCCGGGUCUGGAGGUCGUGCUGAAGGACAUGGGCCUGGGACCGCACCCGGUGGAGUGUGACGUUGCUACCUGGCUCCAAUCACUCCCCGAAGAUAGGAGUCAAAAGCUGGAGGCGAACUUCACGGAGGCGGUCACUAGGCUUCAGCUGGCCGCGUCGGGCUGCCCUUCAUGGACAUCUCUCUCUCCGGUGGGUCAACUCCUUGCCGACAGGGCCUUUGGACGGGCCCUCCCAAUGGAGCGCCGGAGCGGGAAAAGAUCUUGGGAGCACUGGGCACCUAGGCCUUCUCGGAUGGAAGGUCCGGUCAAACAGCUUGCCCUUGAUCGGGCGGCAAAGAAGAAGUGGGCGGACAAGAUCAUCUCCGUCCUGGCUCCCUACCACAGGCACUUUGAUAACAUGCAGGACAUCAAGCCGGGGGAGGACAAGUACGAGGUCUGGAGGCCCUUGGUUGGCAAAGCCAGGGUUAACUCCUUGAAGUCGGCCCUCCUCUACGAAGCGGUGGACCAGCAGUUCACAAUCUACAGGUUGGGGCAGCUGUGGAGGACACUUCACUGGAUCCCACAGCACUUCGGAGGCUUUGACCCCACGGUCAACCAGGCGAUCAACCGGCGCUAUGAGUACACCAGGGGUCUCUUGGUCUCUUCGGAGGCCAAGAAGGAAAGGAGGGCCACUCCGCCUCCCAUGGAGGUGGUCAUCGCGCUUGAGAAGCUGGCUGGGACCCUUGCGGAAGGCUCGCCGGACGGCUACGCGGCUUCUUUCUUCAGGUUCUGCAUAGGCGCCUCGGCCAGGUUCUCCGAUACAGCUCACACCAGGCCGGAUUCCAUGAAGAUUACUAAGGACACCCUCGAGUUCACCGCCUGGCAGACUAAGGUCAAGGAGGUAGGGGACAAUAAUCGUCCCCAACCUCUCAUCGCGCCUCUGGUCUCCUUCUCCCAGACGGAGUGGUGGGGACCCAUGAUCGCCCUCAGUAAGAGGCGGAACAGCCUGGCUACAAAAGGGCUUGAAGAUGAUUACCUGCUGCCGGUCCCAGACAGAGACCGCCUUGACUUUACGAGGGCCCCAUGUGACAAUUCUCGGGCCCUGCGGUGGCUUCGGGCUCUUCUCUCCAUGAAGGGAGCGAAGAUCCCGGAAGAGGAGGUGAAGAUGAUGAUCGGCGGAAGAGCCACUUCAGGUCCCCCCGAUGCACAGCUCCCGGUUCUUGCCUCGGCCAAUGAUCCGCAAGAGGACAAGCGGGCUGAUGGCCCUGCCUUCAUGGCCACCAACGCCCGUAAGACAGGAUCUCCUCCGGUGUACCGGGUACACUGGUUUGACAGGGGCUACAGAUGCCUGGGUUGUGGUUGGCGGCCCAAGGACUGCAAGAGUUUGGUCACCUUCAACGAGCUGGACUGGACACCGGACUAUGUCUUCUGUGCGAAGGCGGCACGGGCCAAGCAGCCCCCAGACUGUUUCCUGGGUGAAGCGGUGACCAAGGACUCCUCCAGCGCGGAUCCCUCGGAUGGACUUGUGGAGACCCCCAUUCCACAGGGGCGGUUGCCACAGGAAUCCGUGCUUGCACUGAUCAACUCGCAUGUCAUAGGGCCAAGCCAGCAGCCUCCCUUCUGCAUCCUGCUCGGGCCGGCUGCCAUUUUGGUAUGGAUAGACCGGGUGCGGAAGUCGACGCCAACUCCGGAGCUGUGUCCGGACCCCUACAAGGAGGAGGUCAUGAAGAUUGAUGAGCAUGUUCGUCUGGUCCAGGUCCCUUGGCUAGUCCUCUUUGUCAUGGGAAAACAGGGCUUCGUCACGGCCCAGGACUGGGCAGGCCGCUGGGAUGAAAAGGAACUCCGGAAGGAGGCUCCCAAGUUGGGCUUCUCACCGGGCCAGAACGGAUAUGAUGAGCACACGUGCGUCCUCACCGCUAUCCGCCUGGAGAACGCGGUGGAACAGUUCAAGCUCUUAAAGAAAAGGAAGAUGGCCGAGGUGGAUAUCCACUCGGUCGAGGACUACAAAGCUAUGAUUGGCAGAGGUGACCGCCAAGAAAUGAGGGCAGCUUACCUCGCUAAGUUCGGCACGGACCCGGAGAGGGAAUACGAAGGCUCGGACCACAUGCUUGGUGUCUUGAAGAGGGUGUUGUACAGGGGAGAGUUCCUUUCGGGCUCCCAGCUCGAUCUCAACAAGGUCGUAGCGAACCACCCCAAGGAUGGGGAAGUGAAGUUCCAGAAGCGCCAAAGCAAAGAAGAUGAUGAGUGGAUCCAUGAGGAAUCCAACCGUGUCCAGUCGGAGAAACAGUGGAAACGGGUCCUCAUGAUCUGGCGUACGUCCCUCCUCAUGGUUGUGGCAACAUGCACGGGCCCCUCGUGCAUUCACCUCACCAAGGCAGACUUGGACGACUUCUACAACUUCCUCUUCGGAGAUACCAUUAUGGGCCGCGAGCCCGCCCCCUCACUGGGGGUGUUAAUGACAGCUGAAAGAAAGGUCUGGCGCCAGGUGGCCCUGAACAUGGCCAAGGACGAAACCUUGACCAUCUCAGCUGCCCUCAAAGAGAUCCAGAAUAACUCGCGAUUCUGGUCUAUGGAAAUCGAUGAGUUCUGCCUCCGUCGCCACCACACUGGCCAGCCCAAGGGCCCCAGGAAAGGCAGGGGCAAGGGCAAGGACAAGGACAAGGGAAAAGUCUUCCAGCAGUGGGAUUACUGGAAGGGCAAAGGCAAGAAGCCGGGAAAAGGAAAAGGCAAGUCCAAGAAGGAAGACUGGCGUUGGUCCACUGUCUCGGAGGAGACGGUGGAACCUCCCCCUCCUCCGACGGCUACUUUCGCUCGCACUAAGGCACCGCACCAUGAGUGGGCGCCCAAAGGAUCGGACGGCAAGGAGUUCUGCAAGAAGUACCAUGCCUUCAACAGGUGCCCGGGGGACUGCGGUCGCUCCCACAACUGCCCUGUGAUUCUCUCGGACGGUAAGAUCUGCGAGAAGAACCACAGGGUGCCGAUUCCCCACGUGCUCGGGUCGACUUCCUCGGAAUUCCCAGAGUAUGCCUCGGGCUGCUCCAGUGGGGGAUACCACGGCAAGCCGUCCCAGCCUACAGUGCUCAUUCUCUAUGCUGGGAAGGAUGAUGCCCGGAGCACUAAGGCGGCGAUUGCACAAGAUGUACUUUCUGAGGAGACCUUUUCUGACCUUUGUGCCCUGGCCCUCUCUGCCGACCUCAUGGCAAUCAUCGGAGGGAUGUUGCUCCUCUACCACCUCUCGUUGGCGUCUGGCCCUCGGCCCCCUGCCUUCCUCCUGGAACACCCGGAGGAUCCCGCCAACCAAGGUGCAGGCAUCCGGACCACCCGGUGUGGUGGUCCAGUUCUGACUUGGCCCGGUGGGGUUGGCAAUUCAAUUUGGAAUUGGCCAUCCUUGCUAGCCUUCUUCUCCACAUCCGGGGACACGGAUGGAGACCGUUCCAUUGCUUCGGCACUGGCUCCGGUGACAGCUAGUACCUUAAUUGUCCGGCUGGGACACCGUUCUCGCCCCCUCAGGGAUGGUGGCGGUAAACCAUCCCCUGGGAGACUCAAGCCGGAAGACAGGUGCAAAUGCAAGUUGGCCUGGCUUGGCCAGUGGAUCGAGGAGACACUCACCUCGGGGACGGUUGCCACAGGUGCCGAUUCCCCAGUGGUCUUUCCUAUGACGCCCUUUCGGGAAUCGCUCAGGACUCAGGCGCGGGGCUGCCCCUGGCCAGACCAGUGGGUCGCAGACCUCCGCCAACAACUGGCAUCACGCCUCUCUUCCCGUCUCCACCGACCUGUUUCAGCUGAGGUCUCUCCUGGACAACCGUUCGCUUUGGACAUUCUCCAAGCUUUGGUGGAGCUGGCGGAGGACCCGGACCGGGAUUUCCUCCAACACCUACGUGAAGGAGUCCCCCUUGGUGUGGACGGUCCGACGGGGCCGCACCCUAACUUCUGGCCGUCCAAGCAGGAGCUGGGGAAUGCACCGAAAGACUUGGAGCCCCCGGCGCCCACUACGGCCGACAACUACCCCAGCGCUGAGGUCUUCGAGGACACCAUAGAGAAAACUUUCCUGGAGGAAAAACUCCUCGACAUGGUGGCGGGUCCCCUGUCGGAACAGGUUUUCCUUUGGCUCCUGGUUUUUGUUGAUGAUUUCAUGGCGGUGAUGAAAGAGAGCCUUGGAGAAAUUGGGGCGGCCACCCUCAUGCUCUUCCUUACUUUGCUGGGCUGCCCUAUCUCUUGGCACAAGAAUGCCCUUGGGAAGGUCAACCGUUGGCUUGGGUACAUGGUCAACAUCUCCGAAGGCUCGGUGUGGCUCCCGGAGGAAAAGUUGGCCAUCCUCCGCCCGGCCUUGUUGAAGUUGGAAGCAGGAGAACUCCACACCAGAAAGGAAGUCACCUCCCUACUGGGCAAGUUGCAGUGGGUGGCGAAAGCUUACCCUCAGGUGAGUUCACACCUCCAGCCACUCUAUGCUUGGGAGCAGAAACUUGAACGGAAAUGCAGACCGGGAGACCUUGUACGUUUUCUGGCAACUCUGCUCAUCUCCAUCUUGGACUCUGGCCCCUGCGUUCCUCUUCGUCUCCAGCACAACACUCCAUGCUACGGGAGCAGUGAUGCCGGUGAGGACGAUGGCCGGGUGGCUAUUGGUGGCUGGUUCUCGCCCUUGCUUAACCCCACCAAGGCGGAGGUCCUGUGGUUCUCCAUGGACGUCCUUACCACUCCAUGGGUGCAGCCCCUCCUGGCGCACACUUCUCCGAAGCGCCGAAUUGGUGCCCUGGAACUCCUGGGCACACUCAUCCUUUUCCUGUUGGCUGCAGAGUCCGUGGGGCCCUGCAUGAUUGAUGCUCAUCUCCCUCUUACUACAGACAAUGAGGGCAACGCCUUUUCUGCCAGCAAGAGAUCUUCGAAGAAGUGGCCUUGCUCGGCGCUUUUAAUGGAGCUCUCCGCACAGGAGUUCCACAAGGGUGUCUUUGCUCAGGUCACCCAUGUCAAGAGGAGUUCUAACACGUGGGCAGAUCAGCUCACUCACUUUGAUUUCGAAGGAUUCUCCCCCGGAAAUAGGAGGGGUGGCGUAUUUCCGACCGGUCUUCGGACCUGUCUGAGCUAUGCCUGCCCCGGGAUUGUGGAGGUUCCGCAGGUGCACUUGCAGGAGCGACUGGUCGAAGUGCCGAAGGUUCAAGUCCAGGAGGUCGUGCGCACUGUGCCCAAAGUUGAAAUUCAGACUGUCGAUCGCAUCGUCGAGGUGCCACAGGUCCAGCUCGUCGAGAAGCUUGUGGAGGUGCCUAAAGUCGAGAUCCAAGAACGACUUCAUCACGUUCCAAAGAUCCACACGCAAGUCGUGGAGAAGCUGGUCGAAGUGCCACAGGUGCAGUAUGUUGACAAAGUCGUCGAGGUGCCGCAGGUACAAGUACAGGAAGUGGUCAGGCAUGUGCCGAAGAUUGAGACACAGGAGAUCGUGCGUACAGUGCCGAAGAUCGAAAUCAGAACGGUGGAGAAGAUCGUGGAGGUCCCACAAGUGCAGUACGUCGAGAAGAUCGUUGAAGUCCCAGAGGUUCGUGUCCAGGAGGUAGUGCGGCACGUGCCCAAGAUCGAAGUGCAGGAAAUUGUGCGGCACGUUCCAAAAAUCGAGGUGAAGCUUGAGGAACGCAUCGUCGAGCACCCGCAAAUCCAUCAAGUGGAGAAGAUCGUGGAGGUGCCGCAAACUGUGGUUCAAACGGUGGACAGGCACGUCCCAAAGAUCCAGGUGCAAGAGAUUGUGAAGCACGUUCCGAAGAUCGACGUUCGCGUGGAGGAGCGCAUCAUCGAAGUUCCGCAGAUACAGCACGUCGAGAAGGUUGUGGAGGUGCCUCAGACCGUAGUGCAGGAGGUCGUGCGUCACGUGCCAAAGGUUCACGUGCAAGAGGUUGUGAGGCACGUUCCCAAAAUCGACGUGCAGAUCCAGGAGAAGGUGAUCGAAGUCCCUCAAGUGCAGGUCGUCGAAAAGAUCAUUGAGGUCCCGCAGACACAGGUGCACGAGGUCGUGAAGCACGUGCCCAAGCUUCAGGUCCAGGAAGUGGUUCGGCAUGUGCCGAAGGUGGAUGUGCAGGUCCGUGAGCGCGUCGUUGAGGUGCCCCACGUCCGGACAGUUGAGAAAAUUGUCGAGGUUCCCAAGGUGCAGGUGCAGGAAGUGAUUCGACACGUGACCGUUCCGAAGAUCGAGACACGCGAGAGGAUCGUCGAGGUUCCGUGUGUGCAGGUGCAGGAGAAGGUUGUCGAGCAUCCUGAAAUUCGAGUGCAGGAGGUUACUAAGCACGUGCCCAAGGUUGUUGAGGUCCAGGAGCUGGUCAGGAAUCGCCAGCGACUGGACUGGACCGGUGCUGACGUCUCCAUGGUGACUGCAGGCGGCUCUUUGGCAGCGUCGACCUUGCCUCCGCCUACUCCCGGUGCCGUUAACACCAGGUACUACCCUGUCGAUGGAGGAGUAUCUCCGUCUGCAAGAUCCGCAACGACUGUCGACUUCGGCAUGAUGGCAACCCCGCAAUCAACCAUGGGCGCCCCCGUUGAAGCAUCUGUCAUCGAGGUGCCGGCAAACCUUGUCAGCAUUUCCGGUGGUGGUUCGCAUGGGGCGCCAAUGAAUGCUGCAUAUGGCGGCUAUGGUGGAGCGCUUCCGCCAGAUGCUGCGUACUGCAACGGAUGCGGAAACCAGGUACCAGGGGCUGUCCCUCC